CUCCUUUCAAAUAAGUGUAUGUAGCUGCUUUUGCGCUUUUACCAAUUGAAGUCAAAUGUUUCAACUAGCUAACAUAUCUUCGACAGAUGAUGAGAACUUCGUGGAUAAGAUGAUCUGACAUUAGCCACCCGAUUCCUCCAAACUCUCCCUUCGGGGCUUCAGGGUGGGAGGAUGACAGGAGCGUUGAUAUCAAUGAAAUAGGCGUCUGACACAUUGGCCUUGUUACUUAUCGGACGCGAUGGCAAAAUCUCUGAUUUUAUAACAAAGGACGAGGCUUCUAAACAGGAUAGCAAAGAAAGCGUGGAUUAUUCGUAACGCUUCUCGCUGUCCAAGGUAAGUGAACCCCAUUCUGCGUUCUGGUUUUGGUCCCGCUUCAUUUCUUCCCACGAGUUGCUAUCCAUAACAUAUCACUGGUGUUGUUACAAUUGUAGUCUUCUAUCAAUACAUACUAUGUCUAUUCACCUUCAGCUUUCUUCCAAUAUCACAAUUCAGGUCAUUACCUUGAGUGGAAGGUGUCUGAUUUUCUGGACGCCCCAAAUCCAGCCAAAAUAUACUGCUAUUUGGUUACUAUGAUACGCUCUGUGUUGCAGAAAAAAAAGUAUAAUCUUAAACAGUAUGUGUGAUUAUGUGUAACAUUCUAAGCUACACCGACGUUUUUCGCCUAUACAACCAAACGCCUUUUAGUCUUUGAACGUCGGGAAAAUCAGCAUCUCUCCGCUCCGGUAGCGUUCGUGCCUAUCUCCAAAAGCUCUUCAGCGACUGUUGGCUGAUGUCUUUAGCGGAACGCUUAACGCGCUCACCCACUACAUCCAAUGACGUACCCCUGAAGCGCACCACUACGGCCCCUGGAACGAGGUCACAUCCACUCACCUACUCCCCGCCACCGCGAUUAAUUUGUCCAACGCGCGCUCAGCCUUCUCUCUUCCGCAAACAAAGAACACCACGUCUUAGUACUGUCGCCAAUCUUCAUAAAUCUCGCUAGGCCGAUUCAAAAAGAACAUCGUCCUUAAAUAGUACCUUUAACAACGCCAUUCCUGGCGUUUCACCGGCACCAUGUCGUCCUUUGAGAAGUCGGUUAAGGGUGCAACAAAAAUCAAGAAUGCCCCGCCGAAAGCAAAAUAUAUUGAACACCUCUUGGUAGCCACACAUUCUGGCGAAGCCGGCAUCGCCGAGGUCUUCCGCACUCUGCAGUACCGAUUGCGCGACUCGACAUGGACCGUUGUUUUCAAAGGCCUACUCACAGUGCAUAUCAUGAUCCGUGAAGGCGCGCCAGAUGUUACCUUGGGAUUCAUCGCUGCGCACCGAAGCGUCAUUGCCAUUAGCAGCUUUACCGACGCCCAAACGCAAGGCAAAAACAUCAGACGCUACGCCAAUUACCUUACAGAGAGAGCUAGAGCAUAUCGGGAUACCAAGACUGACUGGGUUCGCACACGAGAGGACAGAUUGGGGAGCUUGUCCGUGGAUAGAGGCUUGCUCCGCGAAACGGAAGUCGUCCUGAAGCAAAUCAUGGCUCUGCUGAAAUGCGACCUUCUUGAUGCCGAACCCGAGACCGAAAUCACACUCGCCGUCUUCCGUCUUCUCGUUUUGGACCUAUUGUCAUUGUUCAAGGUUCUCAACCAGGGAAUGAUUGCCAUUCUCAGCCACUUCUUCGAAAUGUCCAAGCCCGAUGCAGAACGAGCCCAUAACAUCUACCGCGCCUUCACCAAAUGCACCGAAUAUGUUGUCCGGUACUUGUCUGUUGCGCGUAUGCAUGAACAUUCACUGGGUAUCGACAUCCCUUCCUUGCAGCAUGCUCCGGUCAAUCUAGGCCAGCAGCUUGAAGAUUACUUGAACGAUGCUGAUUUUGACGUCCAUCGCCGUCAAUUUCUCGCUGAACAGCAGGCGAAAAAGGCUUCCGGCCGCUCAACUGACGGUCUCCCACCGAAGCUAACACUCAAGUCCGAAAAAGCACCACCCCCAAAUGCCAAGGAUACACCAGCACCUGCUGCUAAGCCUAUUGCUAAGCCUACCGCAUCUGCUUCUGCGCCGCCCGCCAAUGCUGAUCUUAUCGACCUUUUCGAUUCUAUUGAGCCUCAGCAGCCCACAGCAUUGCAGAUGCAAGCCACUGCUCAGCAGCCCAUCGCCACGAGCGUCAUCACGCAGGGCUUGCCCCUCGCGUUCCAACAGCAGCAACCUGGCUUGAUGCCUCAACAGACGGGAUAUAUGGCUGCAAAUCCAUAUGGAAUGCCUCAGCAGCAAGUUCCUGCUAUGCCUGACUUCUCCAUGAUACAACAGCAGCAGCAGCCCCAAAUGCAGCUCCCUAUGCAGACUGGUGCACCGGUGGACAUGUUUGGCCAACAGCCAACCGGCUUCCAAGCCAUGCCCCAGCAGCAGCAGCAGCCGAUGGGAUUCCAGCCCCAAGGUUUAAUCCCUCAACAAACUGGAGCCGCUGCCACAAACCCCUUCCGUCAGUCGAUGAUGCCUACUGGCUCUCCUUUUGGCGCCCAACCCUUCCAGCCACCAAUGCCUCAGCAGCAGCCGCAACAGCAAUCCACCAAUCCAUUUGCUCGCUCGCAAGGGUCCUCGUCGCCAUUCCAGUCUGCUGCGCCGUUGAUGGCUCAACCUACGGGCACAAACCCAUUUGCGCGGAGCAUGGGUUCCCCUGCGCAGACCCAACAGCAGCAACAGCCAGCGCAACUUGCUCCUCAGCCGACCGGCGUUACGAAUCCCUUCCGCCAAGGCGACUUUGUCAAUCACAAUACUGGGAUGGGGUGGCAGCAUAACCAGGCCCCCAUUGGCGGCGGCUUCGACCAGAUUCCGACUGUCCCUGUAUUCCCGCGCCCUACACAGCAGACACCGUGGCAGCAAUAAAACAAGCAUCCCCACAUGUCUGUCGUUACUCAUUUUUGUUUAGUGCUUGUCUUUCUUUUGGGAAAUUAUUCGUUAACUUGUACAGCGCGGCGUUUUGUUAGUCUGAUUUAGGUGCAUAUCAUCCGUCGCUCUUUUGGGCGCUCUACAAAAGCGAGCAGAGCGACAUUACCCAUUCUUAGAGCGGUGUCGUUCGCCGCGUUAAUUGUAAUAGAGAUAACAUUAUGUCCCGCGAGAGCACGUCCUUAUACCAAAGAUGUUAAAAUGUCAUGUUUAAUGCAGAACUCCACGUGCUAAAAAAGAACUAACUAGUUUCUACCAAAACGCCGUAAUGUAUGCUAAUAUUCCGCGCAACAGUUUACCACCACAAUUACUAUUACACCAACUGCUUUAAAAUGGAUCGUCAACAUCCAUACCUCCCACUGCAGUCGUUUUAACUGGCUCUUUUAUAUCCUUUUCAUCGCCAACGAAAACACCCAGUCCUGAAAAUGCUUCGAAGAGGGCCCGAGACAGGUACUCUUCGGAGGAGUAGCCACCGGCUGUAAACUCGGGCGAUGUUCGGACCUUGACCAUCCAUUCGUUCGUGUAUUUGGGCAGUCUGCUUGGGUCAAGGUCGAUGCGUACUGGAGCGAGGCUGAGGCCGUCGUACGGGUCGUAUGGGCCAUUAUCAGCAACAAUAGGGGCUUGUUUAUCGCGGAGACCGCGGAUAGAGAGACCAGACAUCGGCGCAGUGGUAGCUACAACAUUGCGCUGACCGCGUUUCUUGAGCUCAAUCUUCUUCAUGACUUCUGUCGCGUGGCCGAUAUCAGAAUUGACAAGUGUGUCCAAUGCUUCUUCUCGCAAACGUGCGCUCUUCGCCUUUUCAUCAGCGUCAUCCUGCAAAUCUUGUAACCUCCGCUGCCUGGACGCUUCAUUCUCAGCAAUCAGCCGCUUCUGUCGUGCUUCAUCACCCUCGCGUGCGAGCUUCUUAUUCCUUUCAAUAUCUGCCUUGUGUUGGGCCUCCCACUCAACAAGCUUUGCCUCUGCCGUUUUGCGCUGCAAGUCGUUGCCGUUAACAAGAUCAUCAGUGAGGGUCUCGACUUCUUCAAGAUAUGUGUUGUAUGCGUCGAGCGAUUCGAAGUCGUCUUCUACGUUAUUGAAGACGGUCGCGACGCGCCUACGGAUGUCGACCUCGCGCUCAACACCAAGAUCGGAAAAGUAUGCUGACUUGAAGCCUCGUAGGCGCAGCGUCUUAUGGCAUCCAGCGUAGGGGCAUUGGUUGGGUCCGUCUUUGAAGAUGCGCUCGACACAUGUUCUGCACAUCCGGUGAUAGCAUUCUGGGUGGAUGAGGAACUCCAUGUCCUUGUUGAAGUAGCGGGUCGUUUUGCAGACGGGACAUGUCUCGUCGUCUUCGCCUGGCCCAGGGCCGGCAUUUGCGCCAUGCCGUAUCGAAAUGGCGGAAACUGCAGGCAUGGUUGGGAGGCGUGAUGCAGAAUGCCAGAUUCACGUUGGUUUUCGUUUCGAUGUGAGGUUGCAGGGGAUCCGC